GAAUACAUGUUCUCCCGAUUUGGACUCUUGUAUAUUUUUAGAUUUGCCCGCAUGUUAAAUACACUUCGCUGCAUAGAACAUUCUGAUGCAUACAAAUAGAACUGUUAUGUAUAGUAAAAAUAAAAACAAACUCUUCCAAAAAAGGAAAUAUGCAUAUAUUUAUAUAAGUAGUGGCACUGUAAAGUAGUGGUGGCGCUGUCGAGUGUGAUUUGCGCUGAAAGAUGAACUAUAAAUUAUACUAGUUAUUUCAGAAAAGGCACAGCUGCACCACGGUAGUGUCAAUAGCUCAUUUUCUUUGCACUACCGAUAAAUUGUGAAGCUAGCGUUUAAUAGGCAUGUAUAAUCAUGAGAUGAACGAAGAUUUUUGUUGCUAGGGGAUUUUUUGCAAUUCUUUCCAACAGCAGACACUUAAAAUUAAUAUUGACAGCACGUUUAGGUAAAAAAGUUAUUGAGUUCAUUACAGUAGCGAAAAAUCAUUUUAGUGCGAAAAUGGUUGAUAUGGCAACAAAAAAGCUUAUUAAAUAGAUUUUUUUAGAACGUUAUAGGAUUUCUUUGUAAAAUUUUAACAAAAAGUAAAUUCAACUUUGACAAUGUUUUUUUCUGGCAUUUAUGACAGUUGCUCUUUAUUAUGGUAAGUGUGAUGGCUUGGAUUCCGGCGUCCAUCUUGGACGAUUAUUACAUUGCUGAAGUUCCUUAGACAAAAAGUAUAUGAUUUUAACCCAAAAUGCACACUUAGAUGUAGGUUUGAGACGAUACGUCUGGAGUAUUAAACUAGAUCGCAUGUUUAAUGUAGAGCUGACGUGUGUAUAUUUAAAACUAGCACACUGCAUGCACCCUUGUAUUGUUACAAUCGAGUAUUACAGUAGUAAUAUACCUGCAGAAGUAUGACAUCGUUGAAGGAUAAAGUUGUGAUAAUUACAGGUUCCGGCGAUGUGACCGGUAUUGGUGCGGCCACGGCGCUACACAUGAUCCAGUUUCAACCCCGACUGGUCAUCACAGGACGGGUCAAAAGCAAACUGGAUGCAGUUGAGGACAGCCUUCUGACUGCGGGUCUCAAACAGGACCGGCUCCUUGUCGCUGUGUGUGACGUCACUGACGAUGCUCAGCUCCAUAAUCUUGUGCAGAGAACGCUGGAGACAUUCGGGAAGAUAGACGUCCUGGUGAACAACGCAGCGGUAGUGGAUUUCCUUACCGUCAUGGAAACCAAUAUGACUCAGUUUGAUAGGAUAAUGAACACGAACAUCCGGUCGCCCUUCCUUCUCACCAAGCUGUGUAUACCUCACCUUAUACAGACAAAAGGUUGCGUUAUCAACGUGUCGAGUAUAUCUGGUCAACUUACGUUCCCACAACAGGCCAGUUACAACAUCAGCAAAGCAGCACUGGACCAGUUCACGGGCAUCUUAGCUAAUGAGCUUGGUGAACAUGGCGUCAGGGUAAACUCCGUCAAUCCUGGGUUGAUCCGGACGGGGAUUUAUUUGAAAAGUGGUAUGAACCAGGAGACAUACCUCCAGUUUUUAGAGGACCAGAAGCAGAAACAGGCCUUGGGGCGUGUCGGGGAACCAGACGAGGUUGCCAAGGCAAUUACGUUCCUCGCUUCCGACCAGGCGUCAUUCACUUCUGGUCAAAUAUUGUACGUAGACGGCGGUCGCCACAAGAAACCAGCAAUAUAACAUAUGACUGGAUAAUGAUUGACAAGCGGCUGAUAUUUACAGGUCCAUUACCAGCAGGCGAAUAUGUGGAACUCUUGAAAAUUAGUUUCCAUCAGAAGUGAAAUCAUCUUUGGAUAAAUGCAAUAAUCAUAGAAAAUAUUCAGACAGAAGUUGCUUCUUUGAUUCACUAAAUUUAAGUAUAUGUAAGUUUGAACAAAAACUGUUUGCUAAGUUCAUUGUUCAUUGAAAUUGGUUAUAUUAACUACAUGCAUACAAUCAUUUACAUCUACCAUGUGGUCAAGAAUUGGAUUGCAACCCUAGAUUUUGAUCUUGUACAUUUACAUUUGAAUUUGAGGAGAAUCGUUAGAAUGAAUUCCCUAAAAGAACUUAACCUCUGGUUUCCCCUUCUCAAAUGAAGUUGAGAACAUGAAAAUGUAUGUGUUUGUCAAUGUUUUGCUUUCAAUUUUGUAAAUGGUAUUAAACAGAACAAAAUUUC